GAUUCUGUAACUAAGAUGGAAGGUGUGCACAGACAGUUUGAACAAUCACAAAAAAACUAUGUGAAAGAAAUUGAAAAUUUGAAAAAUGAAUUGAUGACAUUACAUGCCAAACAUAGUGAAGAUAGAGCUAGCUUACAAAAAGAACUGGAAGAGGCAAUGAAUAAACAGUUAGAGCUUUCAGAACAGCUUAAAUUUCAGAGUUACUCUGAAGAGAAUGUUAAAAAACUACAAGAAGAGAUUCAGAAACUUAGGCCAGCCUUUGAGGAUCAAAUUGCAUGUCUCCAAAAGCAGUUGGAAGUUGCCACUGAUGAAAAGAUGCAAGAGAUUACUCAUCUCCACAAAGUCAUUGAGGCAAACUCUCACCAUUACCAAGAAGAUAUUAGUGUCUUGCAAGAUGAACUUUUACAAUUGAAAGCUACCCAUCAAGAAGAAGUGAAAGAAUUGAUGUGUCAACUUGAAGCAUCAGCUAAAGAGCAUGAAUCAGAGAUAAAUAAGCUAAACCAGCUAAAAGAAAACCUAGUGAAACAAUGUGAGGCAAGUAAGAACAUUCAGGAGAAAUAUGAAUAUGAAUUAGAAAACUUAAGGAAAGACAUUUCAAAUGCAAACCAAGAAAAUCAGAUUUGUUCUAUGGUCUUAAAAGAAGAUGCUUUUGUAGAACAAGUAGCAAAUGAAAAAGUCAAACACUUAGAAGAUUCCUUAAAAGAACUAGAAUCUCAGCAUAGUAUUUUAAAAGAUGAGGUGACCUAUAUGAAUAAUCUUAAAUUGAAACUUGAAAUGGAUGCACAACAUAUAAAGGAUGAGUUUUUUCAUGAGCGAGAAGACUUGGAGUUUAAAAUUAAUGAACUGUUAUUAGCUAAAGAAGAGCAAAGCUGUGUAAUAGAAAAAUUAAAAUACGAAUUAGAAGAUUUAAAUAAACAGCUUUGUUGUGCUGUAGAACAACAUAACAAAGAAGUACAGAGUCUUAAGGAACACCAUCAAAAAGAAAUAUCAGAACUUAGUGAAACAUUUUUGUCUGGUUCAGAAAAAGAAAAAUUAACAUUAAUGUUUGAAAUACAGGGACUUAAGGAACAGUGUGAAAACCUACAACAAGAAAAGCAAGAAGCAAUCUUAAAUUAUGAGAGUUUGCGAGAGAUUAUGGAAAUUUUACAAACAGAACUGGGAGAAUCUGCUGGAAAAAUAAGUCAAGAGUUUGAAACAAUGAAGCAGCAGCAAGCAUCUGAUGUUCAUGAGCUUCAGCAGAAGCUGAGAACUGCUUUUAAUGAAAAAGAUGCUCUUCUUGAAACUGUGAAUCAUCUCCAGAGAGAAAAUGAAAAGUUAUUAUCUCAACAAGAAUUAGUACCAGAACUCAAAAAUACCGUAAAGAGCCUUCAAGAAAAGAACGAAGUAUACUUGACUAGUCUCAGUCAAAGAGAUACCAUCUUACAAGAAUUAGAAGCAAAGAUAAAUUCUCUUCAUGAAGAAAAAGAUGAUUUCAUAAGUAAAAUUAAACAUUCCCGUGAAGAGAUAGAUAAUCUGUAUAAAAAAUGUGAAAGAGAACAAAGUUUGGCUAUGGAACUUAGGAAGAAAGUGGAGCAAACUGCCCAGUACAACAGUGAACUAGAACAAAGGAUAAAUGAGUUAACAGUAAGGCUAGAUGAGACUUUAAAAGAAAAGGGCCAAAAUGACCAGAAAUUAGAGAAACUUACAGUUCAUAUGAAAGCUGUCUCUGAAGACCAGGAAGCAUUGUCAUCUAAAAUAAAAUCUCUUUAUGAGGAAAAUAGUAGACUAAAUUCUGAAAAGAACCAGUUGAGUAGGGAUUUGGAAGCUCUUUCUCAAAAUGAAAGCGAGUCUGUGCUUAAAGAACAUAUUACUGAAUUGGAAAAGACACUUCAGUUAAUGGUUGAAGAGCGAGAUAAUUUAAAUAAGCUGUUUGAAAGUGAGCAAGUUCAGAAGUCAUUUGUCAAGUCUCAGUUAUAUAGGUUUCUUCAACAGAUGGGGUCAUUGAUUUCAGAAGAAAAUGAAGAUGAUGUUGGAAAUAUCCUACAAGUUGUAGGUGAAACUUUAACAAAAAGGAAUGAAGAAAAACAGAACUUGGUUUCUCAAUAUGAUGAAAGGGUAUUACAGUUGGAAAAAAAGAUUAAGUGCCUACAAGAAGAGAAUGUAAUUCAGUGUGAAGAACUUAGAUCUUUACUAAGAGAUCAUGAACAAGAGAAAGUUCUCUUAAGGAAAAAGUUAGAAGAAACCCUGUCAGAAAAAGAGGCCCUGCAACUUGAUCUAGAAAUGAAGAAUGCUAAUGAAAAAACAAGACUUGAAAAUCAGAAUCUUUUAAUUCAAGUUGAAGAAAUAUCUCAAACAUUACAUAGCAAAAGUGAAAUACCUGAUGAAAAAUCUUUUUUAACAGAAUGUGAAAAGCUAAGGCUAUUACUAGAACAAAAAGAAUCUGAACUACAAGGUGUGAGAGCAGAGUUGAUAUUAUUAAAGGAUUCCUUAGAGCAAUCACCUGCUGUAGAAAAUGAUCAACUCUCUUUAGUAAAAGAGCUGGAAGAAAAGCUAGGAAAUCUGGAAAAAGAGUCCAAAGAGAAGGAGGAGAAAAUAAGUAAGAUAAAACUAGUUGCUGUGAAAGCAAAGAAAGAACUAGAUUCCAGUAGAAAAGAGGCCCAGACACUAAGGGAAGAACUUGAAUGUGUUCGGUCAGAAAAGGAUCAGCUGUCUGCUUCUAUGAGAGAUCUCAUUCAUGGAGCAGAAAGCUAUAAGAAUCUUUUAUUAGAAUAUGAUAAGCAGUCAGAGCAGUUGGAUGUGGAAAAAGAUCGUGCUAAUAAUUUUGAGCAUCACAUAGAAGACCUUACCAAGCAAUUAAGAAAUUCAGUUUUCCAGUGUGAAAAAUUCAGUUCAGACAAUGAAGAUCUCCUGGCUCGUAUUGAGACACUACAGUCUAAUGCCAAGUUAUUAGAAGUACAGAUUUUAGAAGUCCAGAGAGCCAAGGUAAUGGUAGACAAAGAAUUGGAAGCUGAAAAACUUCAGAAGGAGCGGAAGAUAAAGGAACAUGCCAAUACCAUACAUGAGCUUGAAGAACUUCAGCUACAAUUUCAAAAGGAAAAGAAACACCUUCAGAAAACUAUGCAAGAAUUAGAGUUGGUUAAAAAGGAUGCCCAACAAACUACACUGAUGAAUAUGGAAAUAGCAGAUUAUGAACGGUUGAUGAAAGAACUAAAUCAAAAGUUAACUAAUAAAAACAGCAAGAUAGAAGAUUUGGAGCAAGAAAUAAAAAUUCAAAAACAAAAACAAGAAACCCUACAAGAAGAAAUGACUUCACUACAGUCUUCAGUGCAGCAGUAUGAAGAAAAAAACACCAAAAUCAAACAGCUGCUUGUGAAAACCAAAAAGGAACUGGCAGAUUCAAAGCAAGCAGAAACUGAUCACUUAAUACUACAAGCAUCUUUAAAGGGUGAGCUGGAGGCAAGCCAGCAGCAAGUAGAAGCCUAUAAAAUUCAACUGGCUGAAAUAACAUCUGAGAAACACAAAAUCCAUGAGCAGCUGAAGACCUCUGCAGAGCAGCACCAGCGCACACUGAACAUGUACCAGCAGAAGGUGACAGCACUGCAGGAAGAAAGCCGAGCUGCCAAGGCAGAACAAGCUGCUAUAACCUCUGAAUUUGAGAGCUACAAAGUCCGAGUUCAUAACGUUCUGAAACAACAGAAAAAUAAAUCUGUGUCCCAGGCUGAAACUGAGGGAGCUAAACAAGAAAGGGAACAGCUGGAAAUGAUGAUUGACCAACUGAAAAUCAAAUUACAAGAUAGCCAAACUAGCUUACAGAUCAGCAUAUCUGAACUACACACAUUGCAGUCUGAGCAUGAUACUCUGCUAGAGAGGCACAACAGGAUGCUGCAGGAAACUGUGACAAAAGAGGCAGAGCUGCGGGAAAAGUUGUGUUCGGUACAAUCGGAGAACAUGAUAAUGAAGUCAGAACAUGCCCAGACAGUGAGUCAACUAACAUCCCAGAAUGAAGUCCUCCGCAACAGCUUCCGAGAUCAAGUGCGACAUCUGCAGGAAGAGCACAGGAAGACAAUGGAGACUUUACAGCAGCAGCUCUCCAAGGUGGAAGCUCAGCUCUUCCAGCUCAGGAGUGAACCAGCUACAAGAAGUCCAGCUUCGUCCCACCAACCUCUGAAGAACCUUCGAGAAAGGAGAAACACAGACCUCCCCCUUUUAGACGUGCACACUGCAACUCGGGAAGAGGGAGAAGGGAUGGAGACAACUGACACAGAAUCUGUAUCUUCCACCGGCACAUACACUCAAUCUUUAGAGCAGCUUCUUAAUUCUCCGGAGACCAAACUUGAACAUCUUGCAGAACCUCCUUUGUGGCAUGCUGAAUUUACCAAAGAAGAAUUAGCUCAGAAGCUCAGUUCUACCACAAAAAGUGCAGAUCACUUAAACAGCCUGCUUCGGGAAACAGAAGCAACCAAUGCCAUCCUUAUGGAGCAAAUUAAGCUUCUCAAAAAUGAAAUAAGAAGAUUGGAAAGAAAUCAAGAGCGGGAGAAGUCUGUAGCUAACCUGGAAUACUUGAAGAAUGUCUUGCUACAGUUCAUUUUCCUGAAACCAGGUAGUGAAAGAGAAAGGCUCCUUCCUGUUAUAGACACAAUGUUGCAGCUUAGCCCUGAAGAAAAGGGAAAACUUGCCACAGUUGCUCAAGGUGAAGAAGAAAAUGCUUCCCGUACUUCUGGAUGGGCAUCCUAUCUGCAUAGUUGGUCUGGACUUCGAUAGAUUGAUGGAAAGAAAAUCCUUAUUAACCAAAUAGAAUCCAUUUGAAAAAAAUGGUUCCCAUAUAUUACUGUUGUUCUUCUGUUAAAAAGUAUGUAUAUCUGUUCACAUCCUCCUCUACUGUACGUACGUAUGACAGAUGUAUUUAAAGUCUCAGCUUGAAGUAAAAGUACAACAGCUUGAAGUAUUGGUACCAGUCUGUCCACAACCCUCUAACUCAGCACCACAAACACCACAGAGUGAUCUCCCAGACAUAAUCUCAGGUGAGAGUGCAAGGAAAGAAUUCACUCCCCAUCUCUAGAACCUCAGGACUUACUCAUUUCUGUGAAUUUUGAAGUUAAAUUAGAUUUGGUAUCAUACCAACUGGAAUUUAAGCUUUCCAAUAAUGUUUCAAGAUUAUUGGUGCAAGAUCAGACUUGCAGGUAAUAAUUAUUAAUUGCUGAGAAAAUUUUGUAAUUAGCAUCUGAAGGAAAAUGCUUUCUUGGUAAAGUUGGCUUAUGUUUAUUAGAUUUUCAAGUAAAUAUGCUGUGCUGCAGUUAAUUAUGAAGCUGAAUUAAAUUGCGAUUUAGUUACUUGCUUUAAAAUAAACUGCUCUUUUUUUCUCUAAAGUGUAUUUUCUCAAAACUCACUAUGUUGUCAGAAAACCUGGUACUGACUGGUGUGACCCACCUACUUCGGCAGGUAGUUUCCUGGUGUCUCUACAGGCUCAUACUAUGGUGCCACUACUUAAAAAUCAUAAGUCUGUUUUGAGAAUUCUCUCCAUCUCUCCAGAUUAAAAAAAAAACAACUCAGAACAGUGACUGUGUUACUUGGCAUUGAAUCUACAUGUGAAACCGGUGCUUCCAGUGUUGGAUGAUGAUGUCAUUCCCUCAGCUUGCCCUCUAAAGGAAUUUAAAGACACGUCAUAGAUCAGGGCUCUAUUUUCACAGUUCUGGUGAAUAAUCCUAGCUAGCUGGUGGUGUUCCUUGCCUUUGACACCUCUGAGUAUUUUAUUGACUAGAUAAAAAAAAAAUGUGUUCUUAAAUUUGAGAAUUCUAUUUUUAAUAUUUAAUCACCACACAGUAUGCUCUCGGAAGUUCUUAAUUUGUACUCUAAUUUUCAGUAUCAAGUGGAUACCUGACUUUGUACUUCAGUUACUAGGAACAUUAGUUUCCAAUUUUGGUUUAACUGAAAUUUGCUGCUGACAUGUUGAGUUUGUUCUUUAAAAACUAUUCCUUUAUUUCUGUCUUCUGGACUUAGAAGAACAGACCUAACUAGUAAAUGUGUUAAUGAAAAUGCAUCUAUUUCAGAGCUCACUUUAAAAGUUUAGUUUUUUUUACUUUAUAAACUGUGAAUAUGAGUGUGCCAGUGGCAUACAAUCCAGUUGUAAUUAUAUUUAAAUACUUUCUCUUUGAACCUAGGUCUUUUGAAUUCUAUACACACUUAUUUAAAAAU